CUGAGGCGUGAUUAGAGAAACGGCUCUGCACCGUUAGCGCUGCUGAGUAAUAUUGUAACGUUACUGUGAAGCGAACGCAAACUAACGCACACACGUUCAUUACUAAACUGCAGUUCAUUUGUUUGUAUUUGAUCUGAGAGUAAAACCGCGACGUUUAAGCUCAGUUCCAGCUACUCCUCUUCAGCACAAGACUUUGAGAGGGAGAUCAGGAUUGGGCCCGUGUACGAGUCACCCAGGAUGUCCAGACGCAGUCUCCGUCUGCACACCAACACAAGUCUCUAUGGAGACGACAGUCUGCUUGACUCGUCUCUAAACCACAGCGCCUCCUUCAGCCGUGACCAGACACUGAAGAGCAGAAGAGCUCAUCACUCUGUUUUAGGGACACCACAGAUUGUUCAAACUCCUAGGUCUGCCUCAACGUCAAUCCUGCAGGCCCAUAACAGCACGCUGAACAGCUGUGCGCCCAGCAAUGCCUCUCUGCUGUCCUCUUUCUUAGAUGAGUCUUCCAUACAGGAACACACCCUAAUCGACAGCUUCUGGGGUUUGGAUGAAGACUGUGACGUUAAGGACCAGACAAUCAUUGCACACCACAGCACAGUGGAGGCCAAAACACAGACCUCUACAGCACAGAAUGGCUAUAUUUGCAAAGACCGCCCCAAUGACUCAACCUCCAAGAACUACAGUUCCCUUCAUGACACAACUGGGCAUCAGGCACCACCCAGCACAGCCUCCUAUCCAAACACUACGCUGUACUGCAGGGACAAGAAUCGCAAAUACAAGCCAGGUGUGCUGGGGAUGUUGUCUGAGACGUGCCUGCAUAACAGAAAGAGAAUUGCUGCAUUUGUAGUAUACAUAUGGACACUACUGAUGCAGAUGGCUCUGCUCAAAGGCCUGCUGUCAUCAGUGCUGCAGUGGUGUGUGCGAGUGUGUAAGGGAAUCGCUUGCUCUACAGCCACUGUGUUGAGGAAGACACUGCAGUCUGUGCAGCAGAAGAGAGCAACCAAUGGCUGUGCUAACGGAGGCAAGGAGAAAUACUACAGCAGUAUGAGUGUUAAAGAGGUAGUGCUGCAAAAGGAACGACCGAAGAUCAGCAGCGUACUGUGGAAGACAACCUCAGGAACCUUCUUGUGGCUUGUUGAUUUCUUUGCAAAGUGUCUCCCUAUGCUCUCGAAAGUCCUAUUUCUUGUACCUUUCCUUCUGUUUCUUGCUUUGUGCUACUGGGGGCCAUCCGGACUGUUAGCCAUGCUGCCUUCUGCUAAUGUGACGGUGUGGAGAGAUGCCUCCUACGUCACCCCUCCAUCCACCUCCAUGGCCGACUCAGAGGAGAGACAAACUCCCCCCGACACACACACUCAGAGGCCCUCAGUUCUGUCGUUGUCAUCAGUAGAGGCGGAGAGGUUGAUGCGUUUAGAGGACAACUUGUCUCAGCUGUGGGAUCGAGUAACAGGGGGUUUGCUCAGGCAGGAGGAGCAGCACACUGAAGUGCUCAGUCUGUAUAACACACUGCGCUCCGAGCUCCACACAGAGAGACUCACAGACAGAGAGAGUCUGGGAAAGUGGAUUGGAGACCUGCUGGAGGAGCGAUUCAGCCUGCUGAAAGGCGAAGUGCAGAAAGAGGCCAAGUACACACAGCAGCGUCAGGAAAAGCAUGCAGAAGAGCGUCAGUCAGAGAACACUCGACUCGCUGAAGCUGAGGCUCUUCUUCAGACGCUGGCACGCAAAACUGAGGAGUUGCAGAGAAAACAAGAGCCUGCUUUUAGAAAGAUUCCUGAGACUGAGGCGCCCGCCCCUGAUCCUCACAGUGAAGAGGCUGAGAGCAGCUCCAGUGAGGAUUUGCUGGCAGAGGUGAGGCGGCUAGAGCAGACUUUGGAGCACAUCAGAGAUGAUGUACAGGGGCUGAUGGGAUGCAGAGAAAAGUGUGAGCAGCUGGACUCCUUUUCAGUCUCGGUAUCCGAGCAGGUGGAGAAGGAAAUCAGGUCUCUGUUUUACGGCAGUGACAGAGCAGAAGAACUGGAGCUUCCUGAAUCUCUCCUACAGUGGCUUUCUGAUCAUUUUGUGAGCACCACUGAACUGCAGGCUUCACUCAGCGCUCUGGAGAGCAGCAUUCUGGGUAACCUGUCCCUUCAGGUAGAGAAAGGACAGUCACCUUCUAAAGAGACGAUCACCCAAACUGUACGACAAGCCACAGGGGAGGCAGGCCUCUCUGAGGAACAUGUACAGUUGAUUGUCAACAAUGCGAUGAAGCUCUAUUCAGAAGACCGCACUGGUCUGGUGGACUAUGCAUUGGAAUCUGGAGGAGGCAGCAUCAUAAGCACACGUUGUUCAGAGUCCUUUGACACCAAAACUGCACUGCUGAGUCUGUUUGGCCUUCCACUGUGGUACUUCUCCCAGUCACCACGUGUAGUCAUACAGCCAGAUGUGCAUCCAGGGAACUGCUGGGCAUUUAAAGGUUCACAAGGUUAUUUGGUGAUUGGGUUGUCCAUGAAGAUUGUGCCUACAGCCUUUUCUCUAGAUCAUAUGCCCAAAUCCCUGUCGCCCACCGGCAACAUCAGCAGUGCCCCACGAGAGUUCAAUGUAUAUGGCCUUGAUGAUGAGCAGCAGGAAGAGGGGCAGUUGCUCGGACAGUUUAUUUAUGAUGAAGAUGGAGAUGCUCUUCAGACCUUCUUUGUAUCUGAGGAGGUCCCGAGAGGUUUUCAGAUCAUUGAGAUGAAAGUGCUGUCUAACUGGGGUCAUCCUGAAUACACCUGUGUGUACCGUUUCCGGGUUCACGGGAAGCUUGUUGAUGAAGAACUUGCAAGCAGUUAAGACUUUAUGAACUCCUGACAGUCUGUCACUCAUGCACUGUAAAAAGGAAUUGAGCUCUUGAGAAUAAUGUGCCAUGAGUUACACAGUUGGGCCUGAGAUGACCUGAGGACAUCUGAUAAAGGAUUGCAUGCUGGUACAUGUACUUUUAGGCAUGAGGGCCAGAUUCAGCACUUGCACUCUUCUGAAGCAUCACACUGUUUCCGCUAUUGUCAGUCAUCAGGGUUAUGCUUAAUUUUCGUAGUUUUAUUUUAUCAAUAUUAUACCCUAUUUGGCAGGAUUGUCACCAGCAAAAAAUGCAUUGACCGAUUGCUGAACUACAAACAAACCAGUGAAGAAUGUAUUUUAGACUGUGUUGUAAAAAGUUUUGUGUGUUUGUUUUUUUUUUUUUUUUUUUUUUUUUUUGCUAGCUAAUAUGCCCUAUUUAAGAAUCGCUAUUUAUUUUUGUGUAUUUAAGUUAAUAUAAGUGACAUUGGAUUGUGUAUUUUUGUAAAUGCUUUUCAUGAUCUUUAUGCAGAGGAUUUUGUAACUGCCAUGUCUUCAUAGGUUGGCUUUUCAAAUAAAAUUUGAAUUUUUUAUUAUUAUUUUAAA